UACGAGACUCGUUAUCCUCGUCUAUCUGUCAACGGACGGAGAAAGAUGCGGAAUUACAACAAUGGACAAUGUGGCUUCUCUUCAUUAAGAUUCAAGCCAUUGACGCUGAUGCUUGCCCUUUUUUGUGCUCGCACCCAUAGAAUCUACUGCAUUGCCGUCGUCGUAGAGUACACAGGGUGCCGGAGGAGUUGGACGACGGCGGAGAAGUUGUUUAUCGGAGGGGUAUCUGGUUCGGUGUUGACUGUUGAGGAUGAUGAACGACUGUUGGUUUGGACUCUGGUGAAUGCGGAAUAAGAAAGUGGAAAGAUGCUGGUGGGGAUUUAUCAAAUUAAUUAAUAUUGUUGGUUAUU